AAGCUUGGCUCAUUGGUUUUAGCUUCUGGCUGGCGCAGCCGCGGCUUCGAUGGCGCCCAAGCGCGGUAGCAUCGAGGCGGCCUUCUUCCCCAAGAAGGUCAAAGGCGAAAACACGCCAGAGAGUAAGCAGAGCGGCCCGGCUGAUGUGACGCCUGAAGUGCCGAAGCGCCGACGGACUGAGAAGGCUCCUCCACAGAUCACGCCAACGAAGCUAGACACAGAUGUCGACAUGGGGCCCACCGAGAAGGUCGUCACCCACGUUCCAGUGGGUGAGACAGGGCCCUGGUCCUUGUGGAGCGGUGACAAGCAGACCAAAAGCCCCAAGGAGCUCUCGUCGCCCCUCUUUGAUCCCAAGCUCAGGGAGAGUGAGUUUCCAAUUGGAAAGGCGGUGGGCUUCUCAUUGCUCUCCUCUGCUCUGCUGGAAAUCGAGGAACUGAGAAACAAGGGGCAGGGAUCUCGAAAACGGAUGACAGUCGUUCUUAGCAACUUAUUCCGCUUGCUGAUCCACGUCAAGCCAGAGGAUUUGAUCGCUUCCAUUUACAUCCUGAUCAACAAGGUGGCGCCUGACUAUGAGGCCGCGGAACUCGGCGUGGGCGACUCCAUCAUCAUCAAGGCCCUUUGCGAGAACUUUGGUCGGUCGGAGAGCACUAUCAAGCACGCCCUGGCCACGGGCGAAGCGAAGGAUUUGGGCGAGGUCGCCUUACAGAGUCGCUUGUCGCAAAAGAUGCUGAUGAUGCCUCCCAAGCUCUCAAUUGAGAAGGUCUUCGCGGAGAUGAAAGCCAUCGCCCACGUCUCCGGGAAGGAUUCGCAGAAGUCCAAGAAGGAGAAGAUCCAGAAGCUCUUGGUGGCCUCCCGUGGGGAAGAGGCCAAGUUCAUCGUGCGGAUGCUCCAAGCCAAGCUGCGCAUCGGCAUCCAAAUUCCCACGCUGCUCCAGGCCUUAGCCUAUGCCUUCACGCUAACCCUGCCGGGCACUGGAAGUGGUGCAAAGGUCACAGACCGGCGGCAUCCACCUCAGGGCACCAAGAAAGCGCCCUCGGCGGGAGAGCUGGAAGCGCAGAUGAUAGCUAUGGAGGCAGCUGUGCGUCAGGCCUUUAGCGAGAUGCCCAACUUUGACAACUUGAUCAAAGCUUUAAUGGAGGGCCGUGACAGCCGGUCGUUGCUGGGGGUCUGCCACAUCUCACUGGGAGUCCCCGUGAAGCCCAUGUUGGCGAAGCCAUCGAAAGGCAUUGCUGAGGUCGGUGAGCGCCUCUCGGGCAAGCGCUUCACCGGGGAGUGGAAGUACGACGGCGAGCGAGCGCAGAUCCAUGUACUCUCCAGGGAGACCAUUCAGAUCUACAGCCGGAACUCCGAGAACAUGACAGAGAAGUAUCCAGAUGUGAUUCAGGUGGUGAAGGAUACCCUCGCUGAGGACGUGCAGAGCUGCAUCAUUGACAGCGAGCUGGUGGCGUACGAUCAGGUGAACAAGAAGAUUCUGCCCUUCCAGGUCUUGACGACGCGCGGCCGCAAGAACAUUCACGUGGAAGACAUCAAGGUGAAUGUUUGCUUGUUUGCGUUCGACUGCAUGCUGGUGAACGGCAAGCCUUUGGUGAAGGAGCCCUUAGAGCUUCGUCGAGAAAAGCUCUGGACGAUGCUGCGCCCUGUGGAGGGCAAGGUGACCUUCGCAGUUCACAAGAACUUUGAUGACAUCAAUGAAGAAGAGAUCCAGGCCUUUCUGGAUGAGUCUGUGGCUGGCUCCUGUGAGGGGCUGAUGCUGAAGACCCUCACAGAGAAUGCCACCUACGAACCCUCCAAGCGCUCCUUGAACUGGCUGAAGCUGAAGAAGGACUACCUAGAGGGUAUGGCUGACAGCAUUGAUGUGGUGCCCAUUGGCGCUUACUACGGGAAGGGCAAGCGCUCGGGUGCCUAUGGGGCCUACUUGCUGGCCAUCUAUGACCAGGAGAAUGAAGAGUUCCAGACCGUGUGCAAAGCGGGCACUGGAUUCUCUGAUGAGGACUUGCAGACACACUACAAGUUCUUCAAGGAGCACUUGCGCGGCAGUGCGGAGACGAACUACAAUGUGAAUGACAAGCUGAAGCCGGACGUAUGGCUGGAACCUUGCCAGGUCUGGGAGAUCCGCGCCGCCGAUUUGAGCAUCUCCCCCGUCCACACCAGUGCCUUCGGCGUGAAGGCGGAUGGCAAAGGCAUUGGCUUGCGCUUUCCUCGCUUCCUGCGCAUCCGAGACGACAAGACAGCUGAGGAGUCCACGGGCCCUGAGCAAAUCGUCGAGAUGUUUGAGGCCCAAGCCUCGGUUGGUGGCGCUGGACACGCUGACGAUGAUUUUUAAGUCAGGAUAGAUGCGCGUGCAACAUGCGCAAGGGGGAAGGUCUCUGGAGAGCUCGGGGGUCCGGACGCUGUGCAGCUAUGCGCAGCUCAAGGAGAAGAGACUCCAGAGGGCUGAGAGCCGCCAAGCGGAUCAGCACAAAUCAAUUGUUCGAAGCAAGCAAGGUAGGGAUUUAUCGUGGUAACCUUUAUGGUUAGUCCAACAAGC